UAAAGAGUAGGAUACACACUAAAACGAAAAAGAAUAUGCAAGAAAAAAAAAACAAGAGGAGGUGGAAUGUGUGUUUGAUAUCAAACUGAAUAGCUCCGUACAAUUCAUGAAAUUCUUUCAUGUCAGUGAAAUAGGGUGGCUAUGAGGUGGGAGAUGAGUUGGAAAGGCCUCGUUCGCGGUAUAAGACUCGUUUGCACUCACGUAGUCGUAGUGUAUAGUCUCUUGGUAAAAGGGCCCGUUCCCCCACCCUCAUUUUGAUGGGUCAGACACUGGGGUAAACUAAACUCCUUGGACGCUGGGUCUCAGUGCUGACUUCAGCUUUGUCCAGAUUACCUCGCAUCCUCUAAUCGUUUUAUACUGCAACUCUUUUUUUUUUCUUCUUCUUUCAUUUCGCGCCACACCGCGUCGUGCAUCAAUUUCACUCGUUUGCUGCUAGUACAUAGCUUUUCAUCUUUAUUCUCAGCCAUAUAAAAUAAAGCUUUUCUUCAAUCAUUCUCAUCUACCCAUCAAUCCUUUUUUUUAACCACCUACUAAAUGAACUAACUUCCUAAACAUCUAAAACAUCAAAAUUUUCUUUUGUUCCAUAAACUUAUCAUUAAUUAUUGUUCCCUACUCUUAUCAGUUAAUAAUCUCAUUUUUUUCAAAAAUAAAAAAUUUAGUUGAACGUACAGUUAAAAGUGAUCUCAAUGUGAAACUAUGGUUUUUUUAAAAAAUCGUUUAUGUGUUUGUGAAACUGGAUACAAAUGUGUUUUGAAACGAUUUAAAGUGAUGCACUUUUGAGAAUAUAUUUUCAAUUGGUGAAGAUAUUACCAAGAUAUUUUUGGAAAAGUUUUUUUUUUUUUAAUCGAAGAGAUGAUAAAAUUGCCAUAGUGAAUUAAGAGGCAAGUGUUUAUGAAAGGAAUUUGAUGCCGACGUUUCGAUUCUCUGCAAUGCGCUCCGUGUUGCUCUGAUAGAAGAAUUGUUAACUGUAAAGGAAGAUGAAACAUUUCUUUUAAUAUUAGAUCAUGAGCAGCAUUGCCAAGAGAAGAAACACGGCAGUCUUUGGGUCCAGAAGAUGGUGGCAGGGUGGCUGUUGGACCACUCGAAGUCACCAGGAAGCUUAUUUGAGAAAACUUUACUCACGAAAGUAUGCCACAUGCUUGCAAGGCCAUUCGGAUGAGGAUAAUAACGAAUCCGUCAAUUCACCUUGGAAAUCAGCUAUUUAUGAUUUGCCUACAAAUGAUGAACAUUAUUUGGAUAGUUUUUUGAGAGGGAGAAGUGAAAACGGUAACGGUUGUCCUGCGUUGUCAACUCCAAAGGCUAGUCCUACUGAAAAAUGUGUGGAGUUUCUUAUAAGAAAUGAUGCCGUAAAUCCGUGCCUCGAUCGAAAUUUUAACUUGGAAGAAAGUAAGGAACCUCUUCAAAUCACAGAGCGCAAUCUUGAUAAUCUUCUAAGAGCUGAAUAUGGUUCUAAUUUGGCAAAAGUUUGCAAGAGCUGCAAGUGUCCAAGAGAAGGUCACCAUCAGGUAGCGUCUGGAGAAUUGGAAGUACUGCCAAGUAUAGGACUGGUUCCAGGUUCGCGAAUGGCAAUGGCAAUGACAUUUCAGAGCAUUGGAGCUGUAGCCAUCACUAACUCUCAUCAGGAACCAUUCAAAGUUCCAGUCCAACCUCCCCAAGAUGCACCUCUUUUGCCAGAUCCUCUUGUUCAGCAUCAUCAUCAUCAAAGACAUUCUCAAAGUGAUGAUGACAGCGGUUGCGCUCUCGAGGAAUAUACCUGGGUACCUCCGGGUCUAAGACCCGAUCAAGUUCAUUUAUUCUUCAGUGGACUACCUGAAGAUAGAAUUCCUUACGUUGGAAGUGCUGGCGAAAGAGAAAGAGUGAGGCAGUUGUUGCAGCAAUUACCACCUCACGAUAACGAAGCUAGAUAUUGCAGUGGUUUGAGUGAAGAAGAAAAACGAGAACUUAGAGUCUUUGCAGGACAAAGAAAACGAGAAGCUCUUGGACGUGGUCAAGCUGGCCAAGUGGAGCGAGCUCAUGGAAGCGGAUGCCGAGAAUGCGGUAGGACCAUUGCUUCCGGAGAAAUGGUUGUCGCUGCGAAUAGAGCAGGACCCACUGCUCUCUGGCAUCCGGCUUGUUUUGUCUGCUGUGUUUGCAGACAACUUCUGGUUGAUCUCAUUUAUUUCUGGAGAGACGGAAGACUGUAUUGCGGCCGCCAUCAUGCAGAGACCCUUAAACCAAGAUGUUGUGCUUGCGAUGAAAUUAUUCUUGCCGAUGAGUGCACUGAAGCUGAAGGCAGAGCCUGGCACAUGAGGCACUUUGCUUGUCUAGAAUGCGAUCGACAACUUGGAGGGCAGAGAUAUGUGAUGAGAGAAGGCAGACCCUACUGUCUGCAUUGUUUCGAUGCUUCUUUUGCUGAAUAUUGUGACAGUUGCGGUGAGCCAAUUGGAGUCGAUCAGGGACAAAUGUCUCACGAGGGUCAGCACUGGCACGCGACGGAGAGUUGCUUUUGUUGCGCUACUUGUCGAACGUCACUUUUAGGAAGACCGUUUUUACCUCGACGUGGAUCAAUCUACUGUAGCAUUGCCUGCAGCAAAGGAGAACCGCCAACACCAAGCGAUUCAUCUGCUGGACCUCCGCCUCCACCACCUCCUAUCUACCUAAGGAUACCUAGAAGGCAACCCCAACCUUCAAGUGAAGGAUCCUCGAGUCCACCACCACCUCCAAACUCCAGGCAUACUCUCGGUUCGCCUAGGAAUUCUCCUCGGUUGAUCCGAAAGCAACCUCGUCAGCGUGUUGCUGCUUCCUUAGCUACUACUCCGACUCAUGGAACUACCACUGCCGAAAUUCUGAAUGAAGACCUUCCGAGUGGAAGUUCUAGAUUCGGAGGACUUGACAGGGUGCUUCUUAACAGAAACCUUGAGAAGCUAGUUCAGGAACGAGUAACUCAUUCCGAAGACAUAUCUAAUGAUACAGAAAGACUGAGUCAAGAGGCAGAUCGAGAACCUCUUCAAUGUGCUCAAAGUUGUCCUCCAUCUCAUACGUCAAGUAUGUCAGAACUUCCUCCACCGCCAAUGUCUCUAACAACUUUAGCAAUAACCGAAUUAUCAGGCGUAGCGUCAACAGCAUCUGGGUCACCAAGUGCACAAACUACGAGCAGUACAACGAAUAAUGUUCUUAGUCCCGAUGUAUCAACGCCAACUUUACGCAGAGUUCGAUUUCAGGGUGAUGACAAUACUGCAAGUCCAACGUCGCCCCUUUCGGCUGAAGAACGUAUACAACAAUUUUCACCUCUAAAGUCGAAAUUGAAUGCGUCUCGGUCAAAAAGUUUACCACCUGAAGAAGUUGAUGGACCAUCUUGGACGGAAAUUACAUCGAGGGUGAAAGCUGAGGAUGAAGAGAGUUGUUGUUCGACUUGCAGUACAUCGAGCAGUUCCGAUGAAGCAUCAGCUUAUACUUUGCCACCAAGACGUGCCUAUGGUGGCGUGAGGAUUUCUUAUGUGCCAAAUGAUACUGUUGCUUGUGCUCGACGUCGAGCACCGUCUACUGAUACUUCUUGUCAUAGUCAAAAGGACACCGAAAAAUGUGUCUUAUCUUAAUGAAAAAUACAUUUAUCUUUUAUUUCUAUUAUUUUACAUCCUGGGUGCCUCGCCAUUACACACAGGAUUAACAGUUUCAGAAAGUCCAAUUUCAGAAAUGUUCUGAAAUCUCCAAUUUCACAAUUUGUACUUUAUUAUAUUGCAAAAAUCGCUAUUUCAUUAAAGUUCACAAUCUCAUUGAGUGAUGAAUUCGUAUUCUCAUAAGCUUUUAAGAAAAACACUUCUGAAUUAAAAGUUUAUUUAUUUCUGUCUACAAAAACCCUUUGAGUACCUAAUCUUUUGUCGAUAAAUUUAUUGCUUCACAAUAGGUUUGUGCGAUAAAAAACUGUUUCAUUACGUUAUUCUGGUAAUCAUCAAACGUCGUAAAGCUUUCUAAGAAUAAUGGUAGUUUUUUCAAAAGCUAAAAGUGUACAAAAUUUACAAAUUUUAACAACAAAUGAAAGCUAUGACUGAGCUAUGAUUGAUAAAUGAUUGGGAACUCUAAAAGCAUUAAAUGCAAAAUUAAACAAUCUUUCAUUCAAAACAAACAACUUCUUAAAAAAUAUGAGAGUAUAAAUCUCACUCUGGAGUCUCUUGUUAUCUUACUUCUAACAUAAACAUUAAAUUCUUUUAAAUUUAUGAACUUAUUUGAUAAAUUCUUAAAUGUUCCUAAAUAACUACAUGGCUCAACUUACAGACUUAAACAAAACUUAUCAAUUAGGGAAAAUUACUUUUUUCUUCGGAUGGUGCCAAUUAUAAAAAUUAGACUGUAUUAUGUCGAAUUUAAAAUCAUUUGUAAUAUAUGUAAGAUUGUACAUAUCACUUUCAUACUAAUAAAAAUUAUCAUUCAUGUAAAUAGUGUCUUAAAGUCUGAAUGUGGUCAGUGACUUACAAUUUGCAAUUGAAAGUUUUUAUAUUUGUAAAAAUAUUUUGCUUUCUUUUAUUACUUAUAUGUGACCUGGUCUAUGAAAAGGGACCUUACGUGUCAAAAAAUCAUUUUUUACUUUUUUAUUGAUUCGGAUAGAGUUUGAAACGCUCUUUAAGAUGGUGAAAACCAAAAAGUCAUAAGUUGAUUAGAAGUUU